CAUUUUUAUUUCCGUCACACUUAAAAUUUAGCUUGAAAGAAAGCUUCCUACAAUUAUCGAUAUUGCAACGUCCGUCUCCACCAUACGGCGCUGCCAACUUGUUCUUAAACAGCUGACUCUCGUGCUUUUCGCCGCUAACAAACUUCGUAGAUUUACCUGGCGAACGUAAUAAUUUCAUUUCACCUGCUGAAAAGCUAAAACAAACUUGGAAGCUGCAGCACCUGUAGUAAAUAAGCUAUUGCGUAAUUUGAACGACACGUUGUUGAGGCAUCCGAAAUACAGCCGGAUCCCAGCUUGUCACAAAUUUAACGUUCAAGGCCGAGCAGCGAAUUGAACAAAAGCACAGACGCCAUGGCCAAGUACAUUGCACAGAUCAUCGUCUUGGGCGCUCAGGCAGUGGGACGGGCCUUCACCAAGGCCCUGAGACAGGAGAUUGCCGCCUCACAGGAAGCCGCUCGGCGAGCGGGUGGCGGCAAGCAGGGCGAGAAGAGCGCCGAGUCCAACCUGCGCACAGGCAUGACGCUGGAAGAAGCCAAGCAGAUACUGAACGUGGACGACACCAAGAACGUGGAAAGUGUCGUCAAGAACUAUGAGCAUCUGUUUAAUGUUAACGAGCGGUCCAAGGGCGGCUCCUUCUACCUCCAAUCAAAAGUCUUUCGGGCCAAGGAACGGCUAGAUCACGAGAUUAAGGCCCAGCAGACGCCGAAAUCGAAGGCCACGGAGGCUGCUGCGGAAGCGCCAGAGGAGGAGGUGCCGCAGAGCAGGGCGCGGCAGCGUCGCUGAGUCUCCAAAUUGCCUCCCAUCGAACUAAUUAGCUGAUAAUUGAUAUAAAAACUAUGUUAAGUACAAAAACUGAAAGUCUGUUGGUGUAAAUAGAGUUUUAUGAACAUGAUGUUGAGCGUCUUUUGCA